UUAAGAGAGUUGUGAUCUGACAACCAAUAGGAGGAGCUGGGAAGGCGCUGAACUGCUGAAGCCAAUGAAAAAAAUAAAAAAUAUGGAAAAUAGUCCUAUCAGCUUGGUGGUCAGACUCACGUAUUAUAUAUUAAAAAAAAAAAAACCUCUCAGUCUCAGCAUGUCAUCUCAGUUCUCCACCAUUAUCUGCAGCCAAAAGGGUAAGCUUGUAGGGCUCUGUUCUUCUGCUUUACAGUAUGGAAGGCGACAAUUUGUCAAGUAAAACAGAAGGGAAGCCGAUUCGAUGCAGAGCUGCUAUUGCUCGAGCGCCAGGGGAGCCUCUUGUAAUUGAAGAGAUUCUCGUGGAGCCGCCGAGUUCCCAUGAAGUUCGGAUUCGAAUCAUCUGUACAGGUCUCUGUCACAGCGAUAUUACUUUCUGGAAAAUGAAGGAUUUUCCUGGUGUUUUUCCGAGAAUUCUCGGUCAUGAGGCUAUCGGGAUGGUGGAAAGUGUGGGGGAGAAUGUAAAUGAGGUAGCGGAAGGAGAUAUUGUGAUACCAUAUUUUCUGGCUGAUUGUAAUGAAUGUGUAGAUUGCAAAUCGAAGAAGAGCAACCUGUGUUCAAAAUUUCCCUUCAAGGUCUCUCCUUGGAUGGCUAGAUCCGAGACAAGCAGAUUCACAGAUCUCAAGGGACAAACUUUACAUCAUUUUUUAUUUGUUUCAAGUUUCACUGAGUAUACUGUGGUAGACAUUGCUAAUAUAGUAAAAAUCGACCCUGAAAUCCCUCCAAAUAGAGCAUGUCUCCUAAGUUGUGGAGUAUCAACAGGGGUAGGAGCUGCUUGGAAAACUGCAAAUGUGGAGGCUGGAUCAACCGUUGCCAUAUUUGGGCUUGGGUCGAUUGGAUUAGCUGUAGCAGAGGGAGCAAGACUAUGUGGUGCCACUAGAAUUAUAGGAGUCGAUGUGAUUCCAGAGAAAUUUGAAAUUGGAAAAAAGUUUGGAGUCACAGAGUUUGUUAAUGUUACCAGUUGUGGGGAUAAAUCAGUAAGCCAGGUAAUCAAUGAGAUGACUGAUGGAGGUGCAGAUUACUGCUUUGAGUGUGUUGGUUCUUCAUCCUUGGUGCAAGAGGCAUAUAAUUGCUGCAGAAAGGGAUGGGGAAAGACAAUAGUGUUGGGAGUGGACAAGCCGGGAGCACAGUUGACCUUAAGCUCUUAUGAUGUUCUUCAUAGUGGAAAAGUUCUGACAGGAUCAUUAUUUGGAGGACUCAAAGCUAAAACCGAUAUUCCAAUUCUGCUGAAACGUUACAUGGACAAGGAAUUACAACUGGAUGAAUUUGUCACGCAUGAGAUGAAGUUUGAAGACAUCAAUAAAGCCUUCGAUUUACUUAUUCAAGGGAAGUGUCUACGAUGUGUGAUAUGGAUGGACAAAUAAGGGAGUUUGCCCUCAAGUCUUCUCAGAGGUGCCUGCAAACAUUUACUGCUCUUGUUCGGUUCUCGUGCUCAUGGAUAUGUAAGAUUCUCAAUUUGUUCGUAUGAGUGACAGAAUCUUCUAUUGCACAAUUUCAAAAUCACAUUAUGUGAUAUUCGAGACAGAAUAGUUUCUUAUUAUUUAGCUGAAAUUCAAUAAAAGGGAGUAAUAAAUCA